AUGGCGGACAAUGAAGGCCCAUGGAACAACCAAUGGCACUUGCUGCAGCAGAGCCAGCAGCAGGCGGAGGAGCAGCAUUGGAAGGGAACGGAAGAGCAGCACUGGAGGGGAGCGGAGGAGCAGCAAUGGCGGCAGGAGGUGCAGCCACAGUUGUUUGGUCACCUUCUGGGUCAUCAGCAGUUGGAUGGGGAUGCUGGGCUGAGGGGCGGUGCAGACAUGGUCGAGCAAACGCAGCAGCAGCACCAACAGCAGCAGCAGCAGCAGCAGCAGCAGCAGCAGCAGCAGCAGCAGCAGCAGCAGCAGCAGCAGCAGCAGCAGCAGCAGCAGCAGCAGCAGCAGCAGCAGCAGCAGCAGCAGCAGCAGCACCAGCACCAGGAGCAGCAGCAGCAGCAAUGGUUCUCAAGAAACCCAAGCAUGGAGGAGCAAGCAGGAAGCGUUGCUGCAGGCCUGCUAGCAUCCGCACCCAUUCUGGACCACUCACUAGAUCAAUCCCCUUCCAAAGCCCUGAACUUGCUCUCUCAGAAUCACAACCACAUGGCUGCAGGCGCUGCAGGCGCCUCUGGCAACGCCUUGUCUGUUCAUCCCCAAACCCUCCUCCCCACAGCAGGCAGCAGCCCUGUCCAACCCCCCAACCACCUCAAAUCAAACUCCGAUUCAAAAUCCCUCUCCGGAGGCUCGGGAACGGCCCAGCCUGCCGAGCCUGACUCGGGGAACGCGGCGACCAGCGCCAAGCCUGCGUCCAACAGCUGCGGCGGGGACCCGAAGCUGUUCCGGGGGGUGCGGCAGCGGCACGAGGGUCGGUGGGUGGCCGAGAUCCGAUACCCUAAGAAACGCUCCCGCGUAUGGCUAGGCACUUUUAACACCCCGGAAGAAGCAGCUAGAGCGUACGACCGAGCUGCUGUGAAGCUACGCGGGCCUAAGGCGAGGACUAACUUCCCCCACCCUGCCCUGGCGGAAUGGCAGCCUCUGCCAGGGUAUGGGUCAGGGUUUAACGCUGCUGGAAGCUCUGUAGGCGGCCAGGGGAGGCAGGUUCAGGUGGUGGUGUCUGGGAGUGGUGGUGGGGAAGGGGGGUUGGUGGGGGGAGUUGCGGCAGGGGGGAUUGUUGGGGGGCAAACAGGGUUAGGCGGUGGGGGGGGUGUGGGGGUUGGUGGAUCGUUCGGUGGGCUGUUGGAAGGGCAAGGAGGAGGAGGAGGAGGAGGUGGUGGUGGUGGUGUUGAUGCUAGUGGCAUGAUCGGUGGUGGCAUUGGUGGUGGUGUUGGUGGGGGGAUGAGAGGGCCUGUGGGUGGUUUGGAUGGCACCACUCUGCAGCAGCUGCAGUCUUUGGGGAUUCCGCCUGCUGUCGUAGGUGCUUUGCAGCAGCAACACCAGUUGCAGCAGCAGCAGAAGCAGCAGCAGCAGCAGCAGCAGCAGCAGCAGCAGCAGCAGCAGCAGCAGCAGCAGCAGCAGCAGUUACAGCAGCAGCAGCAGCAGCAGCAGCAGCAGCAGCAGCAGCAGCAGCAGCAGCAGCAGCAGCAGCAGCAGCAGCAGCAGCAGCAGCAGCAGCAGCAGCAGCAACAGCAAUUUGGGGGCAAAGAGGAGAACAGUUGGAGAAUCAAGGAAAGCGAGCCAGAAGGGAGAAUUCGAAUGGAUCUGAAGAGUCAUCGACCGGGGUGA